GCGGAGCUGGGCCCCGAGGCCGCGGGCUGCCUGCAGAGGCUGCGCCUCAGCAUCGCCGCCACCAAGUACCCCCGCAGGCUGGAUGGCGAGUUUGUGGAGCUGUUGCAGACAGUGCUGUGUUCAUCCAAGUGCCCUGAGCAGAUUCAGGUGUUAUGUGCUGCCAUCCUGAGAGAGAUGUCGCCUUGCAAUGAUCUGAUCCUCUCCUGCGAUGAGAUUCAAGAUACAAAGCUCUUGAGCCUGGUAUCCUCUGUCCUUCUGGCUCAGGGAAAUAAGAAGGGUGAAGUGGCUGCUGUGGGGCAAUGCAUCGUGAAAGCCCUGGAAAGAAGGCUGCCUGAGGGCCAGAGUGCUCGGCACCUUCUGCCUGUCCUGUCAAAUGUCAUCAGGCUUUCACCAGAAUCUCUAACUGAAGAGCAGACCAGUGUCAUCAGUAAGAAGAUGGGUGACUGGCUGAGGUACGCGAGUACUCAGCAGGGAGCUGCGCAGCCCUCGGGAGGCUUCUUCUCCAGCCCCAGGAGCAGGCAGCCUGGUCCUGUCACAGAGGUGGAUGGUGCCGUGGCCACAGACUUCUUCACCGUGCUCUCGGUGGGCCAGUGCUACACCCAGGACCAGUGGCUAAACAUCCAGGCCUUCUCCAUGCUGCGGAGCUGGCUGCUCUGCUACGGGGGCAAGACCCCAGAUUCAGAUGACAGAUCAGGGCUGGACAGGUCUGCUGUGUCCACGGUCUCAACUGCAUCCACCUCUGGUGGGCAGCUCGCCCCAGCGGAGCGUCUGCGGGAGAAAGGCUUCGAGUACUGCCAGCGCCUGGCCGAGCAGAGCGCCCGCCGGGCCCUAAAGAAAGACGAUGGAGACCUGCAGAAAGCUUGUCUCAUCGAGGCAGUGACAAUCAUGGACAUCAUCUGCAGACAGGACUCCUCCUACGUGUACCGCACAGUCUCCUUCCUGAAAACCCUGCACAGCAGAAUCUGUGGGGAUGCCACUUAUGCCAGGGCACUACUGCCCAUUGCCCAGUUCUUCCUCAACCACAGCAAAACAGCAGCUGUGGACUCCGAUGUGAUCUACAAACACUUGUUCACUGAUAUCCCAGCUCAGCUCUUCCACAACCCAUCCCUGGCCUUUGAGUUCGUCCAGUUCUGCAAAGACAACAGCCAGCUCUUCACUGAGACCUCCAGCAUAUUCAGGCAGAGCUUCCCAAAUCUCUUCAAGUUCCUGGCAUGGAACAGCCCACCCCUCAUCUCUGAGUUUGUGGACCUUCUCCCAUUUCUGCUGGAUGCAGGCACAGCCAUUGAGAUCUUCCAUUUGCUGCUUGACCUGCCCUGUUUGACAGCAGCUCUGGACAUCCAGCUAAGGUCAGCUGCUCUCCCUCCCUCCGAGAAGGCUGCCAGUGACCCUGCUGUGAAGCCAGCCAGCUGCCUGGAAGCCUUUCGCCAUCCCCUCUACAAGAGCACCUUCCAGCAUCUUCUCCGCACCAAGUCUGCUCCCGAGGAGGCCCCAGAGAGGCUGAUUCCACUUCGGCAGCUGCUGGGAUCCCUGGCCAGCAGCCCGAGGGUCGUGCAGUGUGCAGAGACUGUCCCUGUCUUACUGGAGCUCUUUUUCAGGGUGGUGGCAGAGUUUGCAGAUGGGCCACUGAUAAACCAGCUGGUGGUGCUGCUGCUGCAGAGGAGUGACCAGCUCUACGAGAUCCCAGCCUUUAAAGAGGACGUGUACAGGGUGCUGAGCUCCCAGCUAGUGAUGCUCUGCAGGCUGCACCCUGCUCUUGUUGUGGAACUGUCCACAGAGAUCCUGGAGUUCUCGGGGACAGUCAGCAACAUCCAGAACAAGGAGCCCAUCUUCACCCACCUGGUCUGGGCUGUUGGGGAGUACAUGUCUGUGUCCUACGACAAGCGCUGCACCGUGGAGCAGAUCACCAGGUUCUUUGAGACUCUGGAGGCCAUGCUCUUUGAAAUCACCCAGCUCCGACCAGUGGCCAGCACCCCCAGCUACCCGCCCCGUGCCAUCAGUGUCCUUAUGGCCACCUUGACCAAGCUGGCAGCUCGUAGCCAGGACUUGAUCCCCAGAGUGUCCAUGUUCCUGUCCAAGAUGAGGACGUUUGUGCAGAGCCCUGCUGUCACCUCUGUGUACUGUGAGGAGGACCUGGAGGAGCUGCUCAUCCGGGCCACGGAGCUGAGGAACCUCCUGAAGAUGCCCAGCGUGGCUCAGCUGGUGUUCACGCCGCUGCAGGGGCAGGUGGACACCUCCCUGCCUCUGGCCCUGGGCAUAGUCACCCGGCUCCUGGAGCCCACCCCUGGCCUCAUCCCAGGGUGA